AUGGACGAAUUUGCUUACAACACAAUCGUCGAGGUGUUAGAGGCUCACAACGCGGCUGUACAAGAGUGCGAUCCUGCUGAGUUUGACACCGUUGCGCGAGAGGAUCCAGUCGUCUGGGACCUACUCGACCCACACCAGGCUUCUUACGAAUCAGAUCUCCAUGAGAUGCAAGAUGAGAUGAUGCAUCUUAGCCAAAGCAUCCGCUAUCAACUUGAGGUAUGUAUUUCCAACAACAAAAUUCUCGAGUACACUAUGAGCCGAGAAUUUCUGUCCAAGCUUAGUGCCUUGGAUAGAGACUUUGUUCGCGAUCCCAGCAACCCCUCAGUCGUCUCACCAGCUUUCAUCCUCCUCGAAAAUGUGGCGGAUUCAAGGCGAACAUUCUUCAAUCCCAUGGAGAUCUUCGACACUUACGAACUGAGAUACCCACGAAAGCGUCGAAUCCCCAAAGGCUGUGUCUUGAUGAGGACAGCCGUCAUCACCCCUACGACUUUCUACGUCAAGACACCAACCGUAGAGGUAUCAAACCGUGUCGUCAGGGAUUAUCUCUAUUGCGUCGAUAAUUUUCUGCGCGUCAAGUUCGAAGAUGAAGAUCCUUUCGGACGUCUCAUGCCAGUGGCGAAAUAUGAGAACCAGCACGAGGUGUGGGCUCGUAUCGAGCGUUGCCUCCGUCAUGGCAUCGACAUCGCCGGCCGCCAUUACGACUGGCUUGCGUGUGGUAACUCGCAAUUCCGUGAGAGAGGUGCCUACUUCUUCGCGCCCUACAGUGAAGAGAAGACUGCCCGUAGCAUCCGAAUGUCGCUUGGAGACUUUUCCAGUAUCAAUAUCGUCGCGAAGUGCAUGGCUCGCAUUGGCCAAUGUUUCUCGACCACCAGAGCUUCUACGGGCUUCGGGAAUGUCAAAGCUACGCUAAUUAAGGAUAUCGAGAGGAAUGGCUAUUGCUUCACCGAUGGUGUGGGUAAGAUUUCCAAGUUCAUUGCUCAAAUGGUAGCCAACGAGCUGUACGCCGCUUCUGGUACCGAUGAACAUCCAUCUGCGUUCCAAUUCCGUAUGCGUGGUUUCAAAGGGGUCCUGGUGGUGGAUCCUGCCUUGAAAGGAAACACCGUCCACGUCAGACCCAGUCAGCGUAAAUUCGACGCAGCAGGUAAUGACAAGCUCGAGAUCAUCAAACCUUCGAAAUUCUCUUCGUCAACUCUCAACCAGCAGCUGAUCCUUGUUCUCACUUCUCGAGGGGUGCCAAAGCAGGUCUUUGUCGACAAGAUGGCGAAAGAACUGCAUGAUAUUGACCUGGCAAUGAACGACGAAGCUAUAGCUUUAGAAAUGCUUCAGAAGAACGUCGACUUCAAUCACAUCACUCUGACCAUGUCGGGAAUGAUACUCGAUGGAUUCAUGGACGCCAAUGAGCCUAUGUGCCAAAUUCUCCUUCAGCUUUGGCGUACCUGGAAUUUGAAACAUCUCAAGGAAAAGGCCAAGCUAUUCAUAGAGAAGGGUGCAUUUGUACUUGGAUGUGUCGAUGAGACAAACACACUCCGAAUGGAUUCGGGCGAGCUUCCUGAGAUAUUCAUUCAGGUGCCAGGUGAGAAGGAGGGCGAAUGGAAGACUGCGCAAGGUAUAUGCUUACUCGCUCGCAACCCGUCCUUGCAUCCUGGUGAUAUUCGUGUUGUCAGAGCUGUUCAAUGCGAAGCUCUGAAGCAUCUCAAGAAUGUUGUUGUCCUUCCGCAGCAAGGAGAACGACCGCUUGCCAAUAUGUGCUCUGGCGGUGAUCUUGAUGGUGACGAUUAUCUUGUCAUGUGGGAUGAUGACUUGCUUCCGCCAGUUGAUCAGAGGAACUGUGAACCCAUGAACUAUGAUCCGCCAACACCUGUCAUGUGUGCUGGACCUGUGCAGGACGAACAAUUUUUCAAGUUCUUCAUCGACUAUAUCAAGAACGACAAUCUUGGUUCUAUUGCCACCAGUCACCGUGUCCUGGCUGAUGAAUAUGGAUCAGAUGGAGGAGUGGCGCAUUACACCUGUAAGGAGUUGGCUCAACUUCACUCCAAGGCAGUCGAUUUCAACAAGACUGGCGUUCCUGCCAUCAUGGCUGAAGAUCACUGGCCCAAAAAAUAUCCCCAUUGGAUGCCAUGGAAGCCCAAAGCAAAGCAGCGUAUAUCCGAACAAGUUAUCGGAGUGCUGUUUGAUAUGGUGCAGCCCCAGCCGUUCGUCCCUCAGCUGGAGCAACCGUUCGAUAGACGCGUCCUCGAUGCUUACACCCUGAGUGAGUCUCAUCUAGAGAAGGCAAGAGAGUUUAAGCUCGGGUACGAUCAGCAGUUGCAUCGCAUCAUGGUUCAGCACAACAUCAAGACCGAGUUUGAGGUCUGGACAGCCUUCGUCAUGGAUCACAACAGAGAGCAAGGCUGGUUCACGUUGGCAGAAGACCUCGGAAACCUUAUGAGCACCAUCAAGGCAGACUACCAAAGCCAGGUCAGAGAGUACCUCGGUCUUGCCGACCCUGGUUACUCAAUCUCCGAAAAGGCGUUUGGCAUCCUCGCGCCUUUCGUGGCUGCCAUGUACGCCGUCACAGCACAAGAGGUAACGCGAUGGAAAGAGAGCAAGUUGGUGUCGAUAGACGAAGACACAAGAGGCGCUCCUCUGAUCACAUACCCCUGGCUCUUCAGCAGAGAACUGGGAAAGAUUGCCACC